GGUAGUUUGAUUGACUUUUUCAACGUUUUUGGGUUGUCUUGUACUGGUCGAGCCCUGUGGCUAAUUGACUAUUUUCCAUUUCUUUCCUAAGCCAGAACACGAACCAGCAGACACGUGGGCAUCGCAGAACAAGCGCUGUGUUCUUCCACGUGUAUUUGCAGUUGAUUGGAAGGAGUUACAGCGAUGGUGGACGUGAAAGCGGAGGAGAUGGCGGAAGAUCGGGUGCCGGUUUGUCUAUCUGGUAGGUCGGUGGCAGAGGAAACCCGGCGCAGCAGCAGCAGCAGAGGAGGAGGAGGAGUAUGUGGAGGAGAAGGGGGACGAGGAGAAGAGGACCCUCGAUUGCCGGAGAUCUACUCUCUCCAAUCAUUAGUCGAUAAUAAUAGAGGAUCGGCUGAUGACGUCAAUGAGAUGCAGAAAGCAGAGGAGACACAGAAAUCGUUGUUGAGUAAUGGCGUUGCUGUGAAUCUUCCACGAGGGGCGGGAAAUGGGGGGCGUGGGGAGAAAGAGGCGGGAAAAGAGGAGGAAGAGGAGGGGCGGGUGCUCUCCAUGACCGCCUCACCGGGAGUCACAAUCGAGGAGCAGGUCUCGACCCGACCGAAGGUUGUUCGCGUGAAGAGGAAAAGGGGAUGCUCUCCGGCGGAAGUGCUCAUGCUGGAGAUGAGUUCUCGCAGAGUUCGGCGAAAGGAAAUCAAGGAACCAUCUUUGGCUGAAAGAGUUGCAGACUUGGGCAUUGAUGAAGAAGGGCGUAUAUCUUUCCGCAAGGGGAAACGUGUGCAUCCUCCUUCAGAUGACUUCGGCUUUGAGAGGCGAUUGUUUCGUCGACUGGAGACGUUUUCUCUUGCGGAAGUUCGACAAGCGGAGAGCUGUGGUGCUAUUCUU